CAUGCUGACAAAUCUCUCCUCGGCUGCGGAGCUGCCUGCAUCAUCCGCUAGCAGAGCCAGGAUCAGACUAGCUAAACCGGAGGGAGAAAAUGGCGUUCACAUUCGCGGCCUUUUGUUAUAUGCUCGCUCUGCUGCUCACGGCAGCGCUUAUCUUCUUCGCUAUCUGGCAUAUAAUAGCGUUUGACGAGCUGAAGACCGACUACAAGAAUCCUAUAGAUCAGUGUAACACUUUAAAUCCGACAGUUGAAAAGGUCAAAAAGAUUAAAAGAGUCAAAAUUGCAUUAAAGCUGGUUCUUCCAGAGUAUCUCAUCCACUUCUUCUUCUGCGUCAUGUUCUUCUGUGCGGCCGAGUGGCUCACCCUCUGUCUCAACCUCCCGCUGCUGGCUUAUCACGUCUGGAGAUAUAUGAGCAGACCUGUGAUGAGCUGCCCAGGACUCUACGACCCGACGACCAUCAUGAACGCUGACAUACUGGCAUACUGUCAAAAAGAAGGCUGGUGCAAACUGGCUUUCUAUCUCCUGUCUUUCUUCUACUAUCUCUAUGGGAUGAUCUAUGUUCUGGUGAGCUCUUAAACCGGACCAUGAAGGAAAAGGACGUGCGCGCGCGGCAGACGACCAGACAUUUUGUGCUGGAACACUGGACCUGCUGAGAACCACAGCUCAGCAAAACAAGACGCCAUUUCAAGAGGACAAACUCUCCAACUCUCUCUCACACACACACACACACACACACACUCGGAGCAAAGCAUUAUUUCGGAAACAUUUAGCCCGUUUUUCGAGAUAAUCUUGGUUGCGACGUUUUUGUUUCAAUUUUACAGAAAAUAUGGACAGAAAAAAAAAUGGCAAUUUCUUUUUUUUAUUUUAAUGGUGUGGUGAUUUUUUUUGAUACUUGGGAUUUAAAUAAAGUUUUUUUUUUUGUUUUUUUUCAUAGUUCUCCCCAGCUGAGUGUUUACAAAUUAGACUUAAUUUUCAGGUGUGCAUUUAUUGGAGAAUCUGAGCUCUGUGCUGGAUUAUCUUAGGUUUUUUUUCUGCUAAUUAGACCCCGGGCUUAAAGAGUAAAUGUCCACCUGCCAUAUGAUUCAUUACCCUCACUAAAACAAACAAACAAACAAACAAACAAACAAACCUCUACUCUCGCCCACAGAUGCAUUAAGGUCUUCAUAAUAAAAGUACAGGUACUGUACACUGAGGCCUGAAGUGCAGUGGGUUAUUAUCACUUAGAGAAACAUUUUGCACGGGGGACAAUCACACUCUGGUUGUCACAGACUUGUCUGAUCUGUAGCGUUUCCAUACGUCGGACCCAUCGUCACAGUUGAGUCAUGUAAUCCGUGCUAAAAAUAAAUGGUGACAUGUUUGAAAUAGUGUCGAAUUCCGAGUAGAAAGCGACCCGUGUUUGUGUAGAAUCUUCCCUGCAAAAAAAUGGGUAAAUUAUAAAAAAAAAAAAAGGUAGACUCAGUCUACAGCAUCAGUACAUUUGUAAUCCACUGCUUUCUGCAUUUUUAGCAGUGAGGUGUCAUACUGUUGAAUUUACCUCUACAAAGUCAUUGACCAUUUGUGUCCUUGUGUUUUUU